AUGGCCAAUCGCAUUCGCGAUGUAUGGUCGGACAAUUUCGACGAUGAAAUGAAUUUGUUCCGUCAAGCGCUAGAGAAGUACCCUUAUGUGGCUAUGGAUUCGGAGUUCCCAGGGAUUGUAGCACGUCCGAUCGGCCAGUUCCGAGGGUCGACGGACUACCACUACCAGACGCUUCGAUGCAAUGUCGAUCUGUUAAAUAUGAUCCAACUCGGUCUGACGCUUUGUGAUCGGGAGGGAAAUUCACCGCCGGAUACAUGCACAUGGCAGUUCAACUUGCGCUUCGAUGUGGACGAAGACAUGUGUGCACCGGACUCGUACGAGCUACUCAACAAAGCCGGUAUUGACUUUGAGAAGCACAAGCGGUUUGGUAUUGAUCAAGCGCUGUUUGGCGAGAUCUUAGUGACGUCGGGUCUGGUGUUGUUCGAAGAUGUGCGAUGGAUUACCUUCCAUUCUGGCUACGAUUUUGGGUACCUGCUCAAGCUGGUGACCUGUGAACCUUUGCCGCCUACGGAAGCUGAGUUUUUCGAGCUACUGCAUUUGUGGUUCCCCUGCAUUUAUGAUACCAAGUUCCUCAUGCGUAGCUGCAAGUCGCUCAAAGGUGGCCUGCAAGACCUGGCUGAUGAUUUGCAAGUCAGCCGCAUUGGCCAACAGCACCAGGCGGGUAGCGACAGCUUGCUGACUGCUUCGGCGUUCUUCCGACUUCGGGACCGGUUCUUUGAAGGCACUAUCGAUGAUUCGAAGCAUCUUGGAUGCCUGUACGGAUUUGCGAACACAACGACUGCGUGCUUCAUACCGUCCGGCUCGGUUGUAUACCAUACGCAAGGCGUAUCGACGCCCGCUCUCACGCCUGCGCAGCCUGUGAUGUCUAUGCCUCUUACGCCAGGUGGCAGUGCCCCCAUGGCCUCGCCUGUGGCAACGCCAGCACAGACGGCGGGGGGUAGGUAG